GGCCGGCCCGGCGGGCGUAUGGCUCCGGCUCCCGCGCCCCCGCUGCCGUCGCGGUCACCGCAGCAGCCAUGUACUCUGCGGGACCCCCGGCUGUCCCGGCCUCGCGCCGCGGUCGCCGACCCCCCCCCGGAUGUCCCAUGCAACCGCCGCGGCCCCCCGCGCCCGCCCCGGUCCCCGCCGCUCGGCCGCCGCCCCCCGCGCCCGGGCCGCGGCCCCGCGUCGCCGUGAAGAUGGCCUUCCGCAAGGCCUACUCCAUCAAGGAUAAGCUGCAGGCCAUCGAGCGCGUCAAGGGCGGCGAGCGGCAGGCCAGCGUGUGCCGCGACUUCGGCGUGCCCGGCGGCACGCUGCGCGGCUGGCUCAAGGACGAACCCAAGCUGCGCUGGUUCCUGGAGCAGCUGGGCGGCGAGGUGGGCACGCAGCGCAAGAAGAUGCGGCUGGCCAACGAGGAGGAGAUCGACCGCGCCGUCUACUCGUGGUUCCUGGCGCUGCGCCAGCACGGCGUGCCGCUGUCGGGGCCGCUCAUCCAGGCGCAGGCCGAGGCCUUCGCGCGCCAGAUCUACGGGCCCGAAUGCACCUUCAAGGCCAGCCACGGCUGGUUCUGGCGCUGGCAGAAGCGCCACGGCAUCUCCAGCCAGCGCAUCUACGGCGAGGCCGAGCCCGCGGCCGCCGGCCCCGCCCCUGGCCCGCCUGUCAAGCAGGAGCCGGGGCAGCCCACCCGCGCCGGGCCCCUGCCCGACCGCGCUGCGAGUACUCCAGUCCCCGCCGAGGGCGGCUACGGCGACGAGCAGAUCUACAACGCCAACGUCACGGGCCUCUACUGGAAGCUGCUCCCAGAGCAGGCCGCGCCCGUGGGUGCGGGGGGCUGCGGCCGCCGCUGGCGGGGCGACCGGGUGACAGUCCUGCUGGCCGCUAACCUGACCGGCAGCCACAAGCUGAAGCCGCUGGUCAUCGGGCAGCUGCCAGACCCACCAAGCCUGCGCCACCACAACCAGGACAAGUUCCCUGCCUCCUACCGCUACAGCCCCGAUGCCUGGCUCAGCCGCCCGCUGCUGCGAGGCUGGUUCUUCGAGGAGUUCGUCCCUGGUGUCAGGCGCUACCUGCGCCGCAGCUGCCUGCAGCAGAAGGCCGUGCUGCUGGUGGCCCACCCGCCCUGCCCCAGCUCUGAUGCCAGGAUGCCUGCCCUGGAGGGGAGCGAGGAGACCCGCAGGAGGUGCCGGCCCGAGCCCACCGGUCCCCCGGAGGAGCUGCAGACCCCCGACGGGGCCGUGCGGGUGCUGUUCCUGUGCAGGGGCAGCGGCCGGGCGCACAUACCCGCCCCCCUGGAGCAGGGGGUAGUGGCCGCGUUUAAGCAGCUGUACAAGCGGGAGCUGCUGCGGCUAGCCGUGUCCUGCGCCGGGGGGUCCCCGCUGGACUUCAUGCGCAGCUUCAUGCUCAAGGACAUGCUCUACCUGGCCGGCCUCUCCUGGGACCUGGUGCAGGCGGGCAGCAUUGAGCGCUGCUGGCUGCUGGGCUUGCGGGCCGCCUUUGAGCCCCGGCCGGUGGAGGAGCACACUGGGCAGCCUGCUGGCCAGGCCGAGGAGGCUGCAGAGCGCAGCAGGGUGCUCAGUGACCUCACGCACCUGGCAGCCCUGGCCUACAAGCGCCUGGCUCCAGAGGAGGUGGCCGAGUGGCUGCACCUGGAUGAUGAUGGGGGGCUGCCGGACGAUGGCAGAGAGGACUGGGGCCCCAGCCGGCCUCCAGUGCUGGUCCCCGGGGGCCCCCUGCUCCCCACCAGCCUACCCUCGGUGGCAGGAGAAGAGGAGGAAGAGGAGGCCAUCCCCACUGCUGGGGAGGCCGUAAGGGGUCUGGAGACGGCGCUGCGGUGGCUGGAGACCCAGGACCCCCGGGAGGUGGGGCCGCUGAAGCUGGUGCAGCUUCGCUCGCUCAUCAGCACAGCCCGGAGGCUGGGGGGCAUCGGGCCCUCGCCCACGGUUCCUGAUGACGGGCUGUGACCAAGCCCGCCCCGGCAGCCCCUGGUGGCCUUCCUCCUGAGGCAUGUGGAGAGGGGAACAGAGACCCUGUCUUGCCUUGCCUCCCCUGGGGUGGCCCACCUCCAAGGCUCAGAGGUUGACAGAGAUCCCGGCCUGACCCAAGGGAGCCCUGUUGGUGAAGGGUCAGCCCCUCAUGGCACCCCAUCUGGUGCGGGGGUAGCUGGAGGAGAGGCUGCAGCCGCCCCUCCUCCCUGGGCAGACCCACACGUGGCUCGGCCAGGCUCCCUUCCACGCGGACCUGGCACACGCCACAGCGCUUAGCAGAGCAGGUAGCCAUGUUCUCUCUCUGGCCCCCAUGGGGCUGCCCCCAGCCACAUUCCUGUCCCCCCAGCCCCCGUGGCCCAGCACUUGCCCUGGACAAGGGCCCGGCGUCCAGUCCCCAUGGACCACAGCCCUGUGGUCGUCCCAGCGGGAAGCACACCACUCAUCUUUGGUUUGGCGCAUUAACUCUGUUUUUUCCAGGUACUCUUCAGGCAGGGCAGAUGCUCGGGGAGGCUGGGAAAGAAGGAUGGGGCUUUGAGGUUCUGGGUGCAGCCAGGGGUGUAGGUUUCUGUCGACUAGUUUUUUUAUCUUCCUUAAGGAAAUGCCAUUCUAAACAGCUCUCUUAUUCUGUGGGGUUGACGAGUGCUAGACCUGGGCUCCUGCCCUGCACCCCACCAGCCUCAGGGCCUGGAGCCAUGCCGUCGUCUCAGAGCAGCCCUGCAGCACCACCAGCCACGCCAGGACAACCCUCAGUGCCUUAGCUCCCCUCCGAGGCUGCCCCGUUCCUGGCACUGCCAGGGGCGUAGCCAAGUAGCCACUUCCCACAGGCCAUGAAUUAGGCUUCUGGGUGGCACAGCUUGAAAGGAGGCAGCGAGGGCUCCGUGUGACCCUCCAGCUCCCACACUGUUCUGCUGCUCCACUCAGCUCUAGAGUCAGGACCCUUUUGGAGGCCUGAGACUGAGACACCCAGGUCUCCCAGGGGCUGCCCAGCAGAGACGCCCAGAGCCCCAGGGAGGGCUGGAUUUGAGGCGCUGCUGCCUGCCUUGGUGCUCUGCACUCCUCUUCACCUGCCCCCGCCUCCUGGUGGUCCUGGGCUGUGGAGGCUACACCCAGGUGAUGUGUCUGUGGGAGGGAAGGGCCGUGCAUGGUGGCAGGGCCACAAGGGUGCCCCCGGAGCGAGGACGUCAGCUCUUCCUUGGAACCACCUCUAGUCAAAACACCCACACGUGUACCUGUAUGUGUCAGACCUGAAAGCUGAUGGAUGGUGCGGAGGAUUCCAGGCGAGAAGGGAGGUGUGGCCACCAGCCCUGGCCAAAGCCUCCACCUCACCUGCUGCCCUCGCUCUGCUAGCAGCUGCGGCAGGCCUGCAGCCGGCCCGCGCCUCUGCCUCAGGAUGUCUUGCGUGUCACACUGCCAGGGGCCCAGUCGAGCGCGCUGUUUCACCAUGACCUGCCUGCGGGGCCUCUAUCCUGCAGGGCCCUGCGAGGGGCGGACUCGGAGCCCGGGUGGGCACCGGGUCAGGUGGUCUCUGGUGGUGUCCUCGGUGCCACCCCUCUCACCAGGUUCCUGGUCUCACUUCUAAUCCUCUGUCCCCGGGGUCUGGGCAGGGGGCUGCGGUUGAUGUUGAGAGUUGGGUGUCGGGACAGAGCCUCCUGCCUCGUCCCCUCUGGGGCACUGAGACUGCACCCCAGAAUGCGGCUCUGGCCAGCGCCCGGCCCCACAUGGCAGCGCGGGAACGAGGCACAGCGCAGGCUGGUUUGGGCCUUGAAGAGCCAGGGCCCUGUCGAGGGUGGGGCUGGGGACACCUCACGCCAGGGCCUCUGAAGUCCUCCCUAGAGUGCAGGCCCAGCUCCCGGGGCUCAGCUCUGAACCGUGAGGAGGACGGCCAAAGUGCCUUGCUGUGGUUACCACUGGGCCUGCAGCAUCUCAGCUGCCAGCCUCUCCGCUCCUGUUCACUGUCAUCUGCUGAACCUUUAAGGCUGCAAGGGUAAUGACUCCUAAGCCAGCAGCCCCCCCAGGCAGGAUCUCAGGGCUGGCCUGGCAGCCUCGGCGGGCAGAAAGCGCCGCCCCUGGCUUCUGCUGAUACCAGCCCACCAGGGGGGUCGGGAGAGUGAACCCACCCAUGUGAGGCCAGCCUUGCCUGAGGGGCCGCACACCAGGGAACAAGCCCCCAGGUGACAGCCCUACCACGGAUGGAGCCCUGGAGCCUGCGGUGAGGAAGGGGCCUUGCUAGUGCAGGGUUGGCCUUGAGCCUGUGGGCCUGAGAGCAGGUCAGGAUCUUGGGGGCAGGAGGGCUAGAGUGGGCUGUGGGGUGCUUGCUCUGUCAAGGGGUCUUUUCACAGCCAGCCUCACUUUAUAAUAAAGGCUGAAUAUGCCCACUUCACACAA